AAGUCCAAUCUGAGAAAGAAGUUUAAAAGAAUUAAUGAAGGAAUCUCACAGCAUGGAAGCUCAGCACUUCUGAAUGAGAUCUACACUGAGCUCUACAUCACAGAGGGUUGGAGUGGAGACAUCAGUAAUGAACAUGAGGUGAGACAGAUUGAGGCAGUGUCCAGGAAACCAGCAACACAGGAGACACCCAUCAAAUGUAAUGAGCUCUUUAAAGACAAGUCCAUCAGAACUGUGCUAACUAAAGGAGUUGCUGGAAUUGGAAAAACAGUCUCUGUGCAGAAGUUCAUCCUGGACUGGGCUGAAGGAGAAGUAAAUCAGGACGUCUUCUUCAUGUUUCCACUUCCCUUUAGAGAACUGAAUCUGAUGAAGCAGAAAAAUCUCAGUCUGAUGAAUCUUCUUCAUCACUUUUUCCCAGAAAUAAGAAAACUAGCAUCAAUAGACUGUGACUCCUACAAAGUGGUGGUGAUCUUUGAUGGUCUGGAUGAGUGUCGACUUCCUCUAAAUUUCCAGAAGAAUGAGAUCUUGCGUGAUGUGACAGAGUCAGCCUCAUUGGAUGUGCUGCUGACGAACCUCAUCAAGGGGAAUCUGCUUCCCUCUGCUCUCCUCUGGAUAACCACAAGACCAGGAGCAGCCAAUCAGAUCCCUCCUGAGUGUGUAGACCAGGUAACAGAGGUACGAGGCUUCAGUGAUCCUCAGAAAGAGGAGUACUUCAGGAAGAGGAUCAGUGACCAGAGAAUGGCUGAUAAAAUCAUCACUCACCUGAAGUCUUCAAGAAGCCUCUACAUCAUGUGUCAUAUCCCAGUCUUCUGCUGGAUCUCAGCCACUGUUCUAGAGAGAAUGUUGGGUGGAGCAGAGGGUGGAGAGAUCCCCAAGACUCUGACUCAAAUGUUCACACACUUUCUGAUCUUUCAGAUCAAACACAAGGAUCAAAAGUACCAUCAGAAAUGUGACCCUGAUCCUCAGCAGACCAGAGACAGUAUCAUGGCACUGGGAAAACUGGCUUUCCAGCAGCUGGAGAAAGGAAACCUGAUCUUCUAUGAGGAAGACCUGAGAGAAUGUGGCAUUGAUGUCAGAGAAGUGUCAGUGUACUCAGGAGUGUGUACCCAGAUCUUCAGAGAGGAGUUUGGUCUUCACCUGGGGAAGGUGUUCAGCUUCGUACAUCUGAGUGUUCAGGAGUUUCUGGCUGCUUUAUAUGUAUUUUUCUGCUUUUUUUUACAAAAUACAAAUGUGCUUGUGGGACAAAGCACUGGACUUUUUAAUUUCUUCAGAAACCCAAACAUGUCUGAUCUCCUCAGGAGUGCAGUGGACAAGGCCUUACAGAGUGAGAAUGGACACCUUGACCUGUUCCUCCGCUUCCUUCUGGGUCUCUCACUGGAGACCAAUCAAACUCUUUUACGAGACUUAAUGCCACAGACAGGAAGCAGAUCUCACAGCAAACAGGAAACAGUGGAGUACAUCAAGGAGAAGAUCAGGGAGAAUCCAUCUCCAGAGAAAUCCAUCAAUCUGUUCCACUGUCUGAAUGAACUGAAUGAUCAUUCUCUAGUACAGGAAGUACAGACUUACCUGAACAGAGAAGGUUACAGUCGUCUCAGUGACACCAGUCUCUCUCCAUCUCAGUGGUCAGCUCUGGUGUUUGUGUUACUGACCUCAGAACAGGAGCUGGAUGUGUUUGAUUUGAGUAAAUAUGAUCCAUCACAUGAAUGUCUUCUGAGGCUGCUGCCAGUCAUCAAAGCCUCCAGA